AUGAUUUCAUUUAUGACAAUUUUCAGAUUUACGAAAAUUACUACAAGCUGAAGCAAGGGGAAAAUGUAUUAAUGAUUGUGCCAAUACUUUUGCGCCCAAGAUCAUCCGGUUACAUUCGGCUGAAAAGCACUGAUCCUGAAGAAUAUCCCAUUAUUGACCCUCGAUUUCUUACAGAUAUAACAGACCUUGACGCACUAGUCGAAGGCGCCAAGAUCGCCGUGCAGACAUUAGAAACUCAAGCUAUGAAGAAUGGCAACGUGACCAUUUGGGACGUUGCCCUGCCAGCGUGCGAGUCGGCCGGACCGUUGUGGAGCGACUCGUACCUGCGUUGCUUUGUGCAGCACACUUCACUCAGCGGUUGGCACCCUUGCUGCACUGCACCGAUGGGGACGCAUCCGCAGGCCGUGCUAGACGCCAGACUCAGGGUCCUUGGCGGCGUUAAAAAACUGCGCGUUGUGGAUGCCUCAUCGAUGCCUUACCUUCCAGCGGGAAACCUUAAUGCACCACUUAUGAUGAUGGGACACCGUGCAGCCGCCAUGAUUAUCGAGGACAACUCGGUUCAAGAGUAAAAACAAAUAAAACAGUGAAUAAUCUAUAUGCUGCCUUUAAAUAAAAGCUGAUG